CCGAGGUUCUUCCUGCUUCCUGCGGACAAUCAUGACAUGCAUGCGACCGCAUAUUCCACAUCUAUUCCUUUGACUUGUCAAUUCGACCGCAACUGCGAUUCACAAACGUCUUAUAGGCUUUUGUGCUUAGAGACACUUGAUGAUGGCACCAAGCAGAGGGGUUUGCGACAAUAGAAUCCACCAUCUUCACUAUGGACACGUUCAUCUCUCGAAAGAGGCGUCGCGUGUCGCCGCCGCAGGCUGAAACACUCACUCCCUCCAUAGCGACACCACUCUUCGACGACGACCAGGACACAGACAUCAAGCUGGCAAUUCUCGCAUCCUUACAUCCAGAGAAAUCACAGGAUGACUUACUGGAGAUCCUCCUUUGCUGUGAUGGCUCUGUCGAGCAAGCCAGCCAGUCAUUGUUCGCCACUUCACCAGCGCCCGCCCUGAAGCGCAGACUCACGACACCCGGCAUGCAAAGUGCACUCCCAUUCGCAUUGCCCGCUAACAAAAGUCCGUCAAAACAGCCGUUGACUAGGAAAGGCAAAACACUGCACCUGUAUACUCCACAGGACAUUGCGAACCACACUCCCUGCUCGAUCGUACCCAACUUUCUCCCGCCACAUCUCGCUACGGCUUUGAUUCAAGAGCUUCUCGUAGAAGUUCCUACUUACGAGAGCACCAGCUUGAAGAUCUUCGACAAUGUUGUCAAGUCUCCACAUACAGCAUGUUUCUAUGUCGACAGUCUAGCCGAUAUUCAACGGCAACGGAGCGAGUACUAUUACAACGGGAAUGAUCUGGGCGACAUCCGCCAGAUCCUUCCUGUAAUGCGCCAAGUCAGCGACCUCGUCCGCGAUGCGGUCAACAAGGAGGUCGAGAUCCGUAUCCGCGACUUCUACCCUGAUAGGAGAAAACUCAAAUAUCAAUCUCCCAAGACGUGGCAGCCCAACGCUGCAUUCGUCAACUGCUAUGACGGCGGCGCCCAACAUGUUGGCUACCACUCCGAUCAACUAUCAUACCUUGGACCACGCGCCAUCAUAGGCAGUCUGAGUCUAGGCGUGGAACGCGAAUUUCGUGUUCGCAAGAUCGUACCCAAAGAUGACCCCGAUGAUCGGAACCCAGCCACCUCGGCUGCGGAUGACUCUGGGCAAAUCGCCAUCCACCUCCCGCAUAAUUCCCUGCUGGUCAUGCACGCCGAGAUGCAGGAGGAGUGGAAACACAGCAUUUCACCAGCCCCAACGAUCACGCCACAUCCUCUCGCCGGCAACAAGCGCAUCAACAUUACGUAUCGGUGGUAUCGCGAGGACUUUCGCCCGAAGUAUACACCGAAAUGUCGUUGUGGGGUGCCUUGCGUGCUCAAGACGGUGCAGAAACAGAAGGCCAACCGUGGACGGUACAUGUGGAUGUGUCAAGUUGGGAGCAAGCCCGAUGGAGGUGAGGGAUGCGGAUGGUUCGAGUGGGCGAGAUUCACGGACGAUGGUGUCCCUGUUGGUUGGAAAGGUCAUGAGAAGGAGACUGAGGAUGCACCCCUAAAUGAGACCCAAGCGGACGGCAAUGGUCACAUUGGCGCAGAAAGAGCCGAGAACGAACCUGCUCGUCCAUGUGAGCCUGGCACGGGCAUGAAGAGCAGUGAAGAGAACAGUUUAUCAAACGAUUCAUGAGGCAUUUCAGUAGCGACUGAUAGCUUCAACCAAUACUCGCAUUGUCACGUACAACUAGUACAUCCUUGAUGAU